AUGAAGCUCCGCAGCAAGGCGGCGGCGCUGCUCCUGCUCGCGCUGGCAGCGCUGCUGCUCGCGCUGCUGUCCCUGCGCGCCGGCCGCGCCGAGCCCCCCGCGCCCCCCGCGCGCCCCGCGUCCGCCCCGCAGCGCCCCUCCGCGCCGGCCCCCGAGCGCCUCCCGGGCCCGGGCGCCCUCCCGGGGGGCCCGCGCGCUCGGCGGCGCCGGCCCCCGCGUCCGCGCCCCCGAGCCGGCCGCCGGGGCGCCGCGAGCCUGGAGAAGUUGGCGAGGAGGCCUGGAGAACUCAGGAGUUUUCAGGCCGUGCUGCCUCCGGAGCUCUGGAUCCACUUGGCCGUGGUGGCCUGUGGCAAUCGUCUGGAGGAGACCCUGGUCAUGCUCAAAUCCGCUGUACUCUUUAGCCACAGGAAGAUCCAGUUUCACAUCUUCACAGAAGACUCUCUGAAGCCCGAGUUUGAUAAGCAGUUACGACAGUGGCCCGACUCCUAUACAAAGAAGUUUGAGCACAGAAUCUACCCCAUCACAUUUUCGGUUGGAAACCCUCAGGAAUGGAAGAAAUUAUUCAAACCCUGUGCUGCUCAGAGACUCUUUCUUCCGGUGAUUCUAAAGGAUGUGGAUUCACUCCUCUACGUGGACACGGAUGUUCUCUUCCUGAGACCCGUUGAUGACAUCUGGAAGCUUCUGAGGCAAUUUAAUGCCACACAGCUUGCAGCCAUGGCCCCCGAGCACGAAAUCCCCAAGAUUGGCUGGUAUAGUCGCUUUGCUCGGCACCCUUUCUACGGCUCUGCAGGAGUUAAUUCAGGAGUCAUGCUGAUGAAUUUAACUCGCAUAAGAAGUACCCAGUUUAAGAACAGCAUGAUUCCAACAGGCUUGGCUUGGGAGGACAUGUUGUACCCUCUGUACCAGAAGUACAAGAAUGCCAUCACGUGGGGAGACCAGGAUUUAUUAAAUAUUAUUUUUUAUUUCAAUCCAGAGUGUCUAUAUGUGUUCCCCUGCCAGUGGAACUACCGCCCUGAUCACUGCAUGUACGGAAGUAACUGCAAAGAAGCUGAGCGGGAAGGCGUGUCUGUCCUGCACGGGAACCGAGGUGUCUACCAUGAUGAUAAGCAACCCACUUUCAAAGCGCUCUAUGAAGCAAUACGGGAUUUUCCCUUUCAAGACAAUCUCUUUCAAUCCAUGUAUUACCCGCUCCAGCUGAAGUUUUUGGAGACUGUGCACACUUUAUGUGGACGAAUCCCACAAGUGUUUUUGAAGCAAAUCGAGAAAACAAUGAAAAGGGCUUAUGAGAAACACGUCAUCAUCCAUGUGGGCCCCAACCAGAUGCACUGAAUAUUUUUCAUGUUGUCGCAAAUGGAUUAGGCCUCUCGGGAACAAGGCGACGUUCAUCUUUAAGCUGCCUGGAUCUCUUUCGUGUGAAUAUUUAAUGGUGCUCUGUGACAGUUGAGUUUAAAAGGCCUCAUUACAUGUUGCUCAUUUCGUUGCCCCUAAAAGGAAAUAUGCUUUAAUUUUUUUUUAAUUGCUAUUUAUCUCUUUGGGUUUUUUUUUAGUUGUAUUAUUACUCACUUCAUAUUGUUCAAGCAGGUGGAGCUAGCUGUGAAAAGGAAUUUUGUGAGCCUUCCAAUGCCUGUUAAACGUCUGAGACCACAUCAGUGCCAUCUCCUGUUGUAUAUUAAUCUAGUAUCCUUGAGACUCUUCCUAUGCAAUAGACACCCCCAUAUUCUUGUUAUAACAGGAAUCUAUGCUUGUUGUACAACAGAGAAUGUUAAAUAUUUGUAGGGGUGGGUGCCUGGGUGGCUCAG